CACCUCGAAAACGUCACCGCACACUUGUUUGAAUCGCGGAAGACGCAUAUCUGGUGUUUGGAAGCGUCGAAAAAACAGACAGCUUGUGACGACAGUAUCAAAAACUGUGGUGUGAAAUGGAGCAGCAGGAGCAGGUUGAAUGGGAUGAUGUGAACAGACUUCUGCAGCAUCAUGGUUUUAAACCCGUGUUUUUUGCCGAUCCUGUGGAGAAUAAGAACCAUUCAGAUUUAGUCCUGCUGGACAAGAAGUCAGCUGGUGAGGUGAGGACGACACUGAGGACGAUGCUGACAGACUCCGAGAGGAGACAGGCUCUCAUCCAGGAGCUCGUCAGGUCCAACAACCAACUCAAACAGGAGGUUCAGCAGCACAUGAGUCGAUCGGCUCAGCAGUCUCAGAGGGUCACGGAGCUGGAGGGACUGCUGGACGAGGUGAAGACCAGAGUCCAGGACCUGGAGGACCGGUACCUUGGCAAAGCUGCACAGCAACACAGCCACACUCAGCAGCUGCAGCAGGAGAAACAAGAUGCACAGAAACGGUGUCAUGUUCUGGAGCAGAAGCUGUCAAAACAGAAGGAGGAAGCAGCUCAGCUUCAGAGGAAACUUUAUUUCGCCAUCAAAGAAGAAGAGCGACGAUCUGCUCGACGGAAUCAAACUUUCCAGAACAUCUGCAAGAAAGUCAGCGUGCAGAGCUCAGCUGCAGAUCAGCAGGUGCUGGAUGUGAUCGACUUCUAUGAGACCAAGAUGUCUCAGCUGCUGGAUGAGCUCAGAUCUGUCAAAGGAGAAUCACAAGGGUCAAAAAAGUCUGAUCCAACACGAUCUAAGAAGACACCCAUCAGUGUUAGUCCGUCUUUCAAAACUAUUCUCAAGGCAUACCAGGAGCAGCAAAAGGAAAGCAAAUCUGAGGUAGAAGAGCUGAAGAGGGAAGUGGAGAACCUGAAGAAAGAGCUGGAGACGAGGUUUCGCAUGGUUAAGGGAGUAAAGUUCUACAGACACAAACUGCGACAUUUGGAGGACUUAAACAGACACAGUAAUACGAGAUUGCCUAAAGAAGACAACGCAACUGAGAUUAGUGAAAACAUCAGUGACCGCUCCAGGAAAACCAGGUUGUGUUCCCACUAUCAUAAUCUGCUGAAUGAGAUCAAUGCAGUUGUGAUGGAUCCCACGGCUCCGUUAAGACUCCACAGACAGAAACCCUCUACAGCUGACCAGGAGCUGGCUGACUUCCAGGCUCUGCUCCCCACACUGGAGGCCUGGGCCCAGCAGCUCCAUCUACUGAAGGAUCUUCAGCGCAGUUUAAAUAAACUUUCUGCCAGACUGAUGCCCUGGCAGCUGUGUGAGGGCGUCCAUAACGCUGCUGAAGAAGUGAAGGUUGAGGACAUGAUGUUGCUUGUGGACACCAUGCUGGAAACCACCUCUACUGAUGAUCAGAAGGCCCUCAGGAGCCCCACUCCACACACUCUGGGCUCCAUGGUGUCUCAUUUCCAGAAGCUGUUUGACGUCACGUCUCUCAGCGGGGUCUACCCACGAAUGAACGAAGUCUACACCCGACUGGGGGAGAUGACCAACGCUAUGAAGAACCUCAGAGAUGUUCUGGACCUAGACGGCAGAGUUUCUCCUGCUGAGGUGGUGAACCAGGUGUCCAGACUGGUCUCUUCCACUGAACACACCGCAGGACUCCAUAAUCUGCUUGGAGACGCUGACAUUGACAGCAUCAUCACCAAAGUGAAGCAGCAUGAAGAGUUCUUCCCUGCUUUCCAUGCCCUGGUUACAGAAAUCUUACAGACUUUAGGAGUGAGUCACCUGGACAACAUCCUCCCAGCUCUGAAAGACUUGAAACAAAUGGCACAGUGAGCUGCUGCUGUGGAUGAACUGAGUGCUGUGUUUUGUUCAUUCCGCCUGUUGUUGGGCGUAUUUUUUUGUUUUAAUAAAAGCUCACAAUGAGUGAA